AGGAAGUUCCUCCAGCGUGGAAUAGACAGCGCACGACGACGACGACGACGACGACUCAUACAUCUCUCUGUCCUGAACGGUUGCGACGAAAUUCCUAGCCAGACCACAGCUCGUCUGAACACUGACCGCGACAGACCAACAAUUUUCAGCCCAUCUUACUCGGAACGCGAUGGCGGCGACAUCCACUAUCAACUUCUCCCGCCCUUGGGGACCUUCAACGACGUUCGCAUCGCCACCAGCAAGAAUAUCCAGCCUUUCUCCCGUUCUCGAGCAGACCGAAGCACCUUCUGGGCACAAUUUGUCUGCUCCAUGUCAUGACAGAGUCUCCUCUUCGACCACUUCCAUCCAGAGCGACUGCAAAAGGCUGCGAAUUGCAGAGUCGAAUACAUGCCGCAACCCGAUGCCAAAUCGGACUUCCUCCGAAUCAACCGUGAAAAGGAGUAGAAGUAGCAGCGGAGCUUCAUCUAGAUCGGGAGGGAAAGCAGCGCCACGACUAAGCCCAUGGCCAACGAUACGGCGGGACUCUGGCAUAGUCAACAACAUCCCGCCAACGCCUCGCUCACCGACUACAAAGCUGAGCCCGCCGCCCUCUAUCUACUCCAAAUUCAACCCAGACCAGGUCUUCAGCAGACCAGUUGCCGGACCACGAACAUCUUCAACCGGAGCAGUCGCCGCGAUCCACCCGCUUCCGCUGGCGAGACCGCAUUCCUCUCCUGCUCCAACGACAUCUCCUUCUCAAAUCUCGAGGAGUCGCUCUGCUUCCGCCGUAUCAUCACCGUCCGCCUCGAGCGGGAGAAGAGCAUCCAUGAUACGGCUCAAGUCCAUCCUCAAAGUCACGAGCGUAUCGCAGUACACUACCAAUGCAGAUGGGAGUAGUACUGUUUGCAGGACUUCAGCACUAUCAAAUGCUAGCAACCGUCAUUU